AUUACAAAAAUGGCGAAAUCUGCCUCAAUUUUCUCAAAAUCACCCCAAGAAUUAGUCGAUAAAUUAAAUUCCACCCUUCCUAUUCGCAUCACCUCCACAGAUAUUGAGACAUACCCAGAAUUCGGUAAACUUCUGUUGGUACUCUCCAACCAGCUGACGGAGAGGGCAGUGUCAAAUGAGACUGAGGAAGAACUCUGUAAAGCUGAAGGUGACCUCCAGCAAGAAAAGAGAAACUGGUGGCAGUAUCGUCUCCUUCAUCACACAUUGCAGGAACUCAUAUUUGAUUGGCAAUUGAAGGAUUCAUCUUCAUAUGAAUAUUCAGAAAAACAGUACCACGAUGCUGUGAAAUCUUGUGUCACAUCAGCUGAAAUUUGUGAUUACCUUGACUGUGACACAUCGUCUGCAGGAAAGCACACCCUACUAGGUCUCACCAAGGAGGACAUCUUAGGCAAAAAUCCUCAUAGAUCUAAGUUCCAAGCGAAUGCCAAUAAACUGGUUGCUGACCUUGGUGAAUGCUUGAAGAAAAAAUGUGAAAAUAUUGUCCAUUUUUAUGAACCUUCUUCCCAUAUUGCAUUUCUUCUUGAGGAUGAUCAUGGGGAUUCGAAAUUCACCCUAGCCAAGGCUGGACAACUGCCAUCAUUUCUGGAGUCUGAGAGGAAUAAGCUGCACCAAGAGCAAAAGCUAUUGAAAGAUUCUAAGCUGGCAAAAGAGAAGCAGUUAUGGCAGUACAGUCAGACACUACUCAAGUCCCUGAAUGUCUUGGAUGAGAUUCUUCAAAGCCACAAGCUGAAGACGCAGUCGGAAAGCGACACUAUUAUGUGUAACUGGCUGUCUGCAAAGACAGAUGCUCUGGCUCUAAAGAUAAGGGUCGUUGAGAGUCAGUUGCUCUGUGAUACAUAUACAGCUGAUACGAUUAAAGCACUUGAUAAAAUCGGACAUUACGUCAAAAAAGAAAUCGAAAAGAACGAAGAAGAAUUACUGAGAGCAUCCCACGCUUUGCAAUCUUACGAAUCUGUUGGGAUGGGCUUCGAUGACCUGGUGAAGGAGUAUGGUUAUCUACAGGAGGAACUGGACAAGAAGAGGUGGGCACGCUCAGAAGUCGCCUCAAAUAUGACCUGAUUAUCCAUUGGACUUUGAGAUUUUAAUUCACAAUAAUAAUGCAGAAAGUUGGCCAAUUAUUGAUUCACUGGUUUGUGCAUGUGGAAAAUCCUAUUCAAUGGUCAGAGUGACAGUAACUUUAUUCCCGUCGAAGUAUUGACUUAGAUACAGUUGACUGCUAAAAGAGGACAGGUCUGGUUAUUUUGCUCAAAAAUAGCCGACAUGAUCAUAGGUGCUUCAAUAUUCCAUAUUGGUGGGAAGACCGUUUUUUAUGUUGUACAGAUAUCCAAAACAAUAAAAAUC